AUAUAGAUGUUACAGAAUUAAAUAAUGCUAUUUGUAAGGAUUGGCCAGAAUUGAAAGGGAUUCUCAAGAUGAAAUGAAGAUUUCAAAAAUUAUGAAGUUAUUACAAGAUGUAGAUAGAACUCAUAAUAUAAAUGUGAAUAAAGGAUAGGAGGAUUUUGAGUAAUCAAGAAUAUCAGUGAGUUCUGGAGAUAUGUUAGAGGGUAUGAAGAAUAUAGAUGAGCAUUUAGAAGAACGAGGGAUGGAUGAGAUUUAUGAAGAGAAUUUAAAAGGAUUAAGGAUAAGAAGAAAUUGAA